AUGCCAGUCACAGAGUUCGCCUACUUUGCUGUCAAGCCCGGCAAGAGGGUCCUGGACGACUCCACACCAGAAGGUGUGAUCAUGACAAAGGAAUGGGAAACGGCCUGUCUGCAGCCGGGCGCCCACCGUGCAUACUGGUGUAUGCAGAUCGAAGAUCCCACGAAGCUAGUCGGCUUCCUGGACUGGGAUAAGGUCGAAGACCACCAUGAUUGGUUGAAGACCGACUGGAACGCAGAGGUUGUCAAGGACAUGCCUACUAUGCUGGAGUUCGACGGAACACAGUUUGUUAAGCACCUGGCCCUGGAGCCGUGGCCACCCACGGCCAUCUUGGAUGCCCAGAACAAUGGCCCGCUGGCCACAGAAGUUCUGAUGCUGUGGUUCCCAACCGAUGUCACUGCCGAGAUGAAGGCAGCGGUGGAAGUGCAGGCCCAGAAGUUCCGAGCGACGGCACUCGACGUCUGCCCCGGCAUCAAGGGCAUCAGCUCUGGCUGGAGUGUGGAACAUGAUAUCCCCAUCAUCGACGGGAAGGGAAAACUUGGGACUGUGUUCGUGGUGCUUGUCGGAUGGCCUAGCAUGGAGACGAGUCAGGAGGUUCGGCAGAUGAAGGCUUUCAUCGACUGUAUUGGUUCACUUCGGGGUAUCCAGGGUCUCGUAAGCUUGAACAACAUGCAUGUUAGCUGCAGGAGCUUCGAGGCGCCCACAUAG